GUGAAAAGGUUGUGAGGCGUUAGCUAGCUGACGAAAGCAACAAAAUGUCGGAAUGUGGGACAGCUGUGUCUGAUCAAUUCUGAUUGACCUAAAAUAAUCACAGACUUGCUCUUCUCAUUUUAUUAGAACACACACAUUAACACAAAACGCAUCGGUAGGUUGUUUUAUUACUUUUCUUUUUUCUUUUUUUUUUCAUUUUUCAAUCUGCCGGUUAUUAUUGGAAUCUCCUUUUUUUUUUCUCUCUCUUUCUUUUUGUUUCUCUGUUUUUCAAGGGUUUGAGGGCUGGGUUAAGCUUUUCAGUAGAGUUUACAAUUAGCAAAAGCCAGUGUACCAAGGCGACGGGAAAUUAGGAAAAGAAAUAUAAGCCAGUCCGAUUUUGGUGUACCAAGGCGACGGGAAAUUAGGAAAAGAAAUAUAAGCCAGUCCGAUUUUGGUGUACCAAGGCGACGGGAAAUUAGGAAAAGAAAUAUUUAUUUUCGGAGAGACAGAAGAGCAAAAUGGAUUGGUUAUGCUUCCAUAUCAUUUCUGAGAUCUGCACAGUCCUCAUCACGGUGUUACGCACAUAAUAAAUAAUAUGAUGCAUAGCUUUUUAGUCCAGAACAGGGUUUCUUUCAGCUUUAUCUCGGGGGGGGGGCAAUGCCCCCGGGGAAAGUGCUGCCCCCCCCCCCGGGGAGAGCCAAGGGCCCACGGAGCAAAAGUAUGUCCACCAAUUAAUCAACUGUCACUGCUGGUACUGGCCCCCCUCGCGAAAAAUCUAAAAAGCUUCCCGGGGGAAAAUUUUUGAAAUAAUCACUGAUCCAGAAUAAGUUCCGUUUGACAUAUUUGAUAACAUUGAUGUAAAAUGGCUUUGAAAUCACAAAAUUAAUCUUCAAUAAUAAUAUACACUAAAAACAUCAAUCCAUUUAACUUUAAAAAAUUAUUGACAUAUAUAUAUAUAUGAAAUCACAAAACGUCCCUUUAUUUAAAAAUUAUUUAUAAAUUGGUAAUUUACCAAUCAAAAACUAAUUUUAAAAGUUUAAAUUUCAUGACAAUAAAUGUGGCAGUUACCAAACGUAUUACUUAUUGAAUGAACAUUUAAAAAGGUAUUCAACAAUUAGACAUGACAAAUUGAUUAUAUCUGCAUUAAAAUUAAAGUAAGAUGGCUAACUAUUGACAUCUACUUUACUUUUACUUAACUUUGUCUGUUACAUUUUCUUUUUCAAAAUGAAGGAUAUCGAAAAAAAAGCGUCAAAAGUAAUAAAGCUAUUGUUUCAGAAACUGUUGUACAGAUUUUUAUUUGUCUAGAAUUAUUACCUAAACACUGUCAUUGGUGUUAUAAUUCUACAAUGCUUGUUACCUUCUUGAGUGUUAUGCAGCUGUUGUUUUUUUAAAAACAAUUAUAAGCCAAGUCAUUUCGGGUUUUUCCGAACCUCUCUUCACCCCCCCCCCCCCUUUUCCGUUCCCUUUAUUUAGCAGUCACGUGAUUGUAGCCUUGACAACAUUAGAUAACAACCGUGAAGCAAACUCCUAAAAUGGUUUCAAACUAUAAGACUAAACUAAUUACUUUGUCUUGUCCAGUGAGGUAAUCGACAUCCUAUGCAAGAUCCCACCUCUCCGUGGUGCACGGGACCAGUACCCGUGAACGGACACGGGGAAGCCAACGGGAUCACGCCCACCAACACAAGGUAAAUUUUCCAUUUCUUUCAACAUUCAAAUAACACAGACUGUUUUCUUGUCUUACAACAUCUGAGCUUUUUUUUUAUGUCGUAGCCCAGUGGUUCUCAAACAUUAUAGACAUAUUACAGAAGUGUUCUGUAUAAUCUCCCCCCCCCCCCCCCAAAUUAGGGUUACAUUUUCAAAAAAGUAAUGUUAUAAUAGAGAGUUACUAUUUACACAUUUUGUGAGUGGAUAAUUUUUUUAACAUAGGCGUACAUUUGUGUCCACCGUAGGUCAAUCACUUUAAAAUAAUGCUCAAUCGUUGCUUCUCCUUUUCUUUUUUUUCUAAUAUUCCUGAAUGUCCAUUGCUCUGUUUAAGAUUGUGUCUCUGUUUACUCAGAGAAAUAACAGAACACACGUAUCAAAAAUCAAUGCACUGUUUCGUUUUUUUUUUUGUUGUUUUUUUUAUUUUUUUUUUUUUUAAAUACAUAGUUAACAACACUAAACAAAUACCUUAACACAAUCAUUUAAAUAAUAAAUAAAUAUAGCUAUUUGUUUAAAAUGGAUUGGUUAUGCUUCCAUAUCAUUUCUGAGAUCUGCACAGUCCCCAUCACGGUGUUACGCACAUAAUAAAUAAUAUGAUGCAUAGCUUUUUAGUCCAGAACAGGGUUUCUUUCCGCUUUAUCCCGGGGGGGGGGGCAAUGCCCCCGGGGAAAGUGCUGCCCCCCCCCCCGGGGAGAGCCAAGGGCCCACGGAGCAAAAGUAUGUCCACCAAUUAAUCAACUGUCACUGCUGGUACUGGCCCCCCUCGCGAAAAAUCUAAAAAGCUUCCCGGGGGAAAAUUUUUGAAAUAAUCACUGAUCCAGAAUAAGUUCCGUUUGACAUAUUUGAUAACAUUGAUGUAAAAUGGCUUUGAAAUCACAAAAUUAAUCUUCAAUAAUAAUAUACACUAAAAACAUCAAUCCAUUUAACUUUAAAAAAUUAUUGACAUAUAUAUAUAUAUGAAAUCACAAAACGUCCCUUUAUUUAAAAAUUAUUUAUAAAUUGGUAAUUUACCAAUCAAAAACUAAUUUUAAAAGUUUAAAUUUCAUGACAAUAAAUGUGGCAGUUACCAAACGUAUUACUUAUUGAAUGAACAUUUAAAAAGGUAUUCAACAAUUAGACAUGACAAAUUGAUUAUAUCUGCAUUAAAAUUAAAGUAAGAUGGCUAACUAUUGACAUCUACUUUACUUUUACUUAACUUUGUCUGUUACAUUUUCUUUUUCAAAAUGAAGGAUAUCGAAAAAAAAGCGUCAAAAGUAAUAAAGCUAUUGUUUCAGAAACUGUUGUACAGAUUUUUAUUUGUCUAGAAUUAUUACCUAAACACUGUCAUUGGUGUUAUAAUUCUACAAUGCUUGUUACCUUCUUGAGUGUUAUGCAGCUGUUGUUUUUUUAAAAACAAUUAUAAGCCAAGUCAUUUCGGGUUUUUCCGAACCUCUCUUCCCCCCCCCCCCCCCCCUUUUCCGUUCCCUUUAUUUAGCAGUCACGUGAUUGUAGCCUUGACAACAUUAGAUAACAACCGUGAAGCAAACUCCUAAAAUGGUUUCAAACUAUAAGACUAAACUAAUUACUUUGUCUUGUCCAGUGAGGUAAUCGACAUCCUAUGCAANAAAAAUCAAUUCACUUUUUCUUUUUUUUUUUUGUUGUUUUUUUUAUAUUUUUUUUUUUUAAAUACAUAGUUAACAACACUAAACAAAUACCUUAACACAAUCAUUUAAAUAAUAAAUAAAUAUAGCUAUUUGUUCUCUAUAUUUUAAUGCAAGCCUCGCCAUUCAAUUGUAAAUGUAAUUAUAGGUAUCGGCGUUGACCAGCGUUGGUAGAUCAUCAAACUACACAUACUCAGCAGACAUCGAAACUCCACAUUUGCGAGUCAUCGCACCAGGGACACUUCAGUUCACCACCUGGAGCAUAGUAGUCGUCAAUCAAGAAGUCAGUCUUCCUUAGACGAAGCCAAGGUCUUUGGCGAACCUAUCUUUUGAAUGAUUUUACCUAACGCCAUAAUUAUUUUCUAAAUAAUAUACUUCAUGGCCAUCAUAUGUUCCUCUAACUGAUUCCGACUAGAUUUCUGGUUACUUUUGAGUUGACCUUUUAUUAAAAACACAUUUUCCAAAUGGAAGUACUCGAUUUGAUAAUUUCAAGAGAAAUGUCUGUCCCAGAAUUGCGCAAAUUAAAGGAUGAAGCGGCAGCCCGUACCAGCAUGAGCAUUGCAAAUUAAAGUGUUCUAGUGUUUAUGGCAGGGAUGGAUGACAUCGUUGAAAGAACCAACCCCACCGAGAUUUUUUCAUUUGACUCUAUGAUCAGACUGGCAACAUUCCGUCAGGUUGUACAUUAUGAAACGCCAAUGUGCCUGAGUUCAUUAGCAGAAUCGGGGUUCAUCUUCGCUGGGUAUGGUUCUUCCAUCAAGUGUGUGGGCUGUCAGAGGUCAGUGGAUCUAUUCGGCGUCAGAACAGACCCUUCAGACAAGUGCUACCACACUGGGAUGUGUCCGUUCGCUACUUCUGGGAAUCAAAGCUCAGACGAAGGUUAUGAGGGAGAGAGCGAUCUUCAGGUAGAUGGUUUGGUGGCCUCUCCACCUGUAGCGCCAAUCUGCCCUGAGGUUGUUAACUCAUUAGAGCUUCCGCCAACGAAUGAGUUGAAAUCAGUUGAUCCCCUAAGUUCAGACUUGCGUCAUCACACUAGUUCACCAUACAGGAGUUUUGAACACUCGGUAAAUGAAACAGGAAAUGACGCUACCGGUAUUCAACCUAACCAGACUACGUUACCACCAUCACUGCUUGGAGCAACGUCUUCUAUAAGUAUGUAUUUAUUUAUUAAACACAUUAUUUCAUUCAGUCUUCAACACAUCUGUUGUUACCACUUAUGUAUUGUUGUGUUUUUUCUGUAUUUAAAAUUUGUAAAAAUAAAAUUUAAGUGAUAUUUUUUUUAAAAUUUAUUUAAAUUAUCAAUCAAUACCCAUUCUGCAUGAAUCUUUAAAUGUUUAAGCCAUUUCCAUAAAAUUCAAUUCAAACUCAUUUAACAAUUACUAUAUCAAGGCUUUAAAACCAUAUAGAACAUAUAAAAAAUGUAAGAGGUGGCACGCAUUGCAACAUUCAUUUAUUUUAUUUUAUGCACACACAAAAUUGUUUUUUGGGUUUUAUUCGACUUUAGUUCCCUUCAAAAUUCUAAGUUUAAAAUAAUUUAUACCAUAUCUACUUUACCUGGGAUGUAUUUUUAAACUUUUUAACGAUAUUAUUUCUUUAUCAGUAGAAACUACCGAAACUACCGAAACUUCCAGAGAAACAGCGUCACCAUCUAGCGGGUUGUCAGAUUAUUCAUCAGACAGUUCAGACAAUUAUUUUUGUAAGAAGCUUAAACCUUUAAACCAUCAAUAAAAAUUAAAAUUACAACCGCUUACCUUUUUAAAUUUGUUAAAUAUGUAUUUAUUUAUUUAGGCAUUUUUAUAUAGCGCUUACCUUAAAGCUCUAAGCGCUUUAAAAUUAUUAAAAACAUGUAAACUAAAAAAAAUAAAAAUGAGACACUAGGAUAGUAACUACUAUACUAUACAAACAAUGAAAAUGGCUAUAAAAACGAGUACACUUUGGCACGUUUUGGCCUAAACUACAGGAUCAACCCGAGACAGAAAAUGAGACAGGGCAAGGAGGGUUUAUCACAGGUCAUAGGUGGACCUAACAACAUGCUAUUACCUUUUAUAAAAUCUUAAGAUUUGUUUGGAUUUAAACUUUUUUUUUUUAAAUCUAUGAUCCAAUUUCUUAAUUUUUUAAUCAAUAGCAUUUUUUUUAUUUUUGUUUAUAUUUUAUAGUUGAUUCGGAUGCCUUUAAACCGGAAUGUCACUACACCAGAAAGAACCCCGAUCCGGUGCAUAGAGUUCACUGUGACAAAAACCCUGGGCACUAUGCUUACUUUCCAGCAUCGUCUAUUAACUUGCAACAAAUACCAUCGUCGACAAGACACCCCGAUGUCAUCAAGAUUCUUCAGCUCUGCUCCGAGCUGACAGUAAAAAUCUCUGUGUGCCAUAUUAGCAGACAUCGUCCGAAGGAAGAUGAGGUUCUAAGGAGCACUUUAACUCCUAGAUUCGGAACAGGUUUCAUGCAGGAUGACACCGGGGAGGUUUCGAAUACUGACGGAUCUUUAAAAAAGUUUGUUCCAUUUCUGAGUAAAAACAAGAAACACGAAAUAUAUAUACGGACAAAUCGCCAUCUGGUCUUUGAUGGGACUGAGGCUGAGAAGUCUACUGUGGAAUUUACCUACAAACACAACAACAAUGUGAAAAUUAUCACAUUGAAAGGGAAGGGUGUACUUUACAGCAAGACCCCGGCAAACAACAGCGUCAUUUUAGUAUGCACCAGCAGCGAUCAAGAUUUCGUUAAACGCAUCUCAACCGCCAGGAACCAGAUAUUGGAACUGACAGCAAACCUACCAAGAAGAAUCAAAGUUGGCUUGACCAAGAAGCUCUUCAUCAUACAUCACCCGCACGGGGGAGAGAUGGUCAUUUCGUAUGGAGACUCGGUCAUGGUCAAAUAUUUGUUGGAAGAGACAGGCCAUGGUCGGCAAAGAUUGUCAAAGAUAAAUGGACAGCUUCAUCUGGGUUAGUCAUUAUUGAAAUAGCUUGAACACAUUCUGUCCUUUACCAAAUACAACAUCAUUAUGUGUGAAUGAUCUCGAAAGUAAAUAAAAUUUCAAUAACCAUCCAGUAAAACGGACUGCUUAAAUAAUCAUUGAAUCAUCGAGCCAUCCUAUAUGGUAGGAAUCUUAAACUUUCUCCAAAUCUAGAAAAAGUUAUUUGAUUUCAUUUCAAUUCUGUAUGAUUAAAUAUUAUUUUUCUUCUAUACUUUCGAGGUCCACGAUCAAUGUAUUGAUAAUUCUGGCUCCUAUAAACACAUCAUGCAUAUACUACAUCGGCACAUAUUCUUAAAUUCACAGAGCAACAUCUAUCUCAAAAUCGUGUGAGGAAAGCUCUUCUCUAUGCGGCCGACACAUGCUCGGGAUCAUCCGGGGCGCCUAUCCUAACUUUUAGAAGGGACGCCUCAGUCGUCGGUGCGCAAGAAUUUGUCUUGGAGAUAUGGAUGCACAAUGGUGUGGACAAUGGCUCUAAUCUUGGGGGGUCUGUUAUGAAAGGUAAAAUGGUGUAAUAUUGUUUUAAUCAAAUUUAAUUUAUCGUCCUCCCAAGCAAGCAGCAAGUUGGGAAUGUACCAUUGGGCUCAAAAUUGAAUUGAUAAAUAAAGAUCAAUUUUGAGAAAGAGUUUUUAAAAAAAAAUCAUUUAUGUUAUGACAAAUACCUAAAUGGCAAUGUAACUUUAAACAUUUUAGAUAAUUAAUUUUCUUUAAAAAUCUAUUUGUCUUUCUAAUAACCUACGCAUAUAUAUAUAUUUAACUUUUUUUUUUUUUUUAGAAAAACUAUGUGAAUUAAAAAAUAAUAUGUUUAAAGAUUUUAAGAAUUAUUCUUGCAUGUCUAAAUUAAUGUUUCAGAUUUUACGUGUAAUUUUUCGUGACAUAAUUUCAUUUUUUUUUUAAAUUUUCUUUUUUAAUCUCAGUUUUGUAUAAAAUGUAUACUCCAUGUACAAGAUGUUCUGUUACUUGUCAUACUUCUUUUUGUCUUGUUUGCUGAUGAAGGCUCUAAGCCGAAACGUCCAACUCUUUUGUUCUGUUUAUGAAAUCAAGUUUAGCACCCCAUUGUCUUUAAAUUUCAAUCGGUUUAGAAGCGUUGUCUUGUCCAAGGUUUAAUAAUAUCUAUGGCGAUUUAUAUUUUUCUUUAACAUUUCUUGCCUUGGUAGGUAUUUAAACGUAUCUCGCAGUGGAAUCUUAAGAUUUUAAACACCACAUCAACAAAUGAUGAUUGAAUCUUUUCAUGCAUUUACUGUCCAUUUCUAUGACAGAGUACAGGCUCGUGGAUUAUGAGUUGGCUAACAGAGUUGGUCAGUCUAGUUCUUCAAGCCAGGAAAACCAGGACGAUGACGAUGAUGAUGACGACAGCACUGAAGACAAACACGUGACGUCACCAGUGUUCAAAGUGCUCAGCCGUGCCUCCUAUCCCGUGUACAUCCCUUACCACAAGAGGUUGGAGAGUUUUAACGACUGGAUAUUUCAGGAAAUCCACGAUCCUAAAGUACUCGCUUUGGCUGGAUUCUUCUAUGCAGGUAAACAAAGGAGAUUUGACAGCUGACAGACAGCAGAAAGUUGAUUGACAACUGAAAGACAGUUGUAAGUUGUUUGACAGCUGCCAGACAGCAGUAAGGUUAUUGACAACUGCCAGACAUCAGUAAGAUGAUUGACAGCUCACAGACAUCAGUAAGUUGAUUGACAGCUGUUAGAAGCAGUAAGGUGAUUGAUACCUGCCAGACAGCAGUAAGGUGAUUGACAGCUGAUAGACAGCAGUAAAAUGGUUGACGACAUCUGUCAGACAGCAGUAAGGUGAUUGACAGCUGCCAGACAACAGUGAGAUGAUUGAGAGCUGCCUGACAGCAGUAAGGUGAUUGACAGCUGCCUGACGGUGGUAAGUAGAUUGGAAGCUGCCGGGCAGUGGAAAGCAGAUUGACAUCUGACGUACAGUAGUAAUUCCAUUGUCAUGCAGUGGUACAGGAUUGACAGUUCCAAGAAAUCGGUAAGUUGAUUUUAAAAGACAUGUUUUUUUGUUUUUUUUUAAAAUUCAUCUAUAGCAAUUGGCUUUGCAUUUUUAUUAGACUGUUAAAACGAAAUGUAUUGAAAAAAAUUGAAUAUAUCAAUGACUUUAUAUUAUUUUAAUACAGCCCUAUGAGUACAAGUCACAUCACUAAUAAGAACAAAUCAAAGACAAUAAACGUCAGUGGCUGGAAUGUGCACACGUUGAUGGAUGACCCCAGAGCAUAUAGACCAGCGCGGAAAACUCCCAUUGGAAGACUAGAGACCUAGCAGAGAUAUCAGGAACACUCCUACCAUAGACAAAAUCAACUUACAGAUCUAGGAGGCGGAUACACUUUCUUGUGGAGCGGCUGCUGCUAAAACGGAUGACGAGAAGCUGGUGUUGGUUUAAUCAUUAAAAAAAACACGUUGCCCACACACUCUCAAAGGUGCAAGAAGGGAUCGAUGACCAUCUGAUGACACUUCGGCCUCCUCUAUUCAAACCUUAAAGAGCCACGCCCAUAAAUGCCUAUGGUCAAUGGUCCCAAUGAUAAGACAUUCAAAGUAAACCAAAAACAAACUGUCUGAAGAACUAGACCAUGUCAUCUUAUAAGUUCCAAAAUCAGAGAAGCUCGUAAUCCAUGGGGACUUCAAUGCUAGGGUUGUAACAAACCACCAGACAUGGCGAGGUACUAUCAGAAUACAUGGCCAUGGAAAGUGUAACAGAAAUGAUCCACUGCUCCAAAACUUGCCCACAAAAAUAACCUCACUAUCGCCAAAACACUUCAAAACACUGGCACAUGAUGGAGUAUAUAAUCAGCAGAAAAAAAUGACAUACAAGAUGAUAGAGUAACCAAAGUUAUGUUUGGUGCUCAAUGCUGGUCUGACCAUCAACUCAUAAUUUCCAAGUUAACGUUUCACGUCAUACCCAAGAGAAGACACCAAGGCCAGAAAUUCAAAGCACAACUUAAGUGUACAAACAUGGCCGACAAUUUGUUCAUUGAACUCGAAUGCAGACUGUGCAAUAUUCCCGAGGUGGACAUAUUAAAAUAUUGAAUCCAAACGGUCUAAAUUGAGAGAUACUAAUCUACCCGUCUGCUCUGGAGCACCUCAGACCAACUACCCACAGAAAGAAGAUUGGUAUGAUGAAAAUAAAUGAUAAUGAGCUACAGUCACUACCAAACGAUAAAUAUCAGGUGCUGAGAUCCUAUCAGAACAAUCCUACGUCACAAGUAGGGAAAGAUGCUCUCAUCAAAAUAAAACAGAAAGUGCUAAAGAAACUGUGAAAUUCACGAUUCAUGGCUCAGUAGGAAGGCUAUUGAAAUUCACGAUUCAUGGCUCAGUAGGAAGGCUAUUGAAAUUCAGGAUUAUGCCGAUAGACGCGACAACAAACGAUUCUGCGAUGCCAUAAAAGAAGUCUAUGGACGAUAGGUCUCAGACUGCUUGCCCAUCCUUAAAAAAUGUCAUCACUUUACACAACUGCUGACAGACAAGAGUCAGAUUUUUUAGAAAGAUGGGCCGAAAAUUCUUGUCAAGUUCUUAACUGUCCGGUGGCUACAAACGAUAAUGCUGUUCCUAGUUUACUAGAAGUGGAGAUGAACCAAGAGCUGGACAACACCCACAAUGAAGAUGAAGUCGGGAUGGCAAUCCAGGUACUCUCCUCAACUAAAUCCCCAGGAUAAGAUGCACUCCCUGGUUAAAUCUACAAAGUAAGGGUCCCCUUCUUGACAGAAGACUCACAAAGUUAUUUGAGUCGAUAUGGAAAGAUGGUACUUUCCCUCAGUAAUUCAAGGAGGAAAAUAUGAUACACAUAUAAGAGAAAUGGCAGUCGCGAAAACUGUACCAAAUAUCGAGGCAUUUAUAUCCUGUCCAUAGCUGUGAAAAUAUUGGUUAGUGUCCUACUUAAUAGUUUACAACUACAUCUUGAACAGGGAUUACUUCCUGAAAGUCAAAAUGAAUUUCGUUCAGAACGGGGCACAGCUGACAUGAUAUUUGCUGCAUGCCAACUCCAGGGAAAAUGUCAAGAGAAACACAGUGACCUGUUCAUCGCCUUUGUUGAUCCGACCGAGACAUUUGACUUAGACAGUUGAGAUGGGCUGUGGAAGAUAAUGGAGGUUUGGCUGCCCAAAUAGACUUAUCACAAUAGUAUGUCGACUCCUUGAUGGUAUGAUGGCUAGGGUGAUGAAUUCUGGAGAUGAAUGAUCUGCGCUCUAGCCACAUUACUUUUUAGCAUGUUUUUCUCAGCAAUGCUUACAAAUGCUUUUCAUCUCAAUAGUAACAGCUUUCCUAUAAGAUAAAGUACAGAGGAGGUCUAUUUAAUCUUAGGAGACUCCAAGCAGUUACUUUGUCCUAAAUGCAAUUUCUGAACUAAAAAUGUCACAAAUACUGAGAAAAGUGAACAUUUUUAAACACAAUUAAACUGAGAUGUCUUAUUAAUGAAGAAAUAUAUUAAGUGAUAAUUCAAAAAAUAUUUCUUAUUGUUAAUUAAUUUGAACACCAAUUAUCUUCAAACCAGGCUAUGCCGAUUGUGUCCGAUGCUUUCAGUGUGGACUCGGUCUAAGAUCCUGGAAGCCAGGCGAUGAUGUUUAUAGCCAACAUGAAAAGCACAGACCCAACUGUCCAUUUCUUCAGACGCAGAAGAUGACACGGAUCGAUGAAGCAUCCUCCAAUGGUUUGUUCUCAUAACUGAAACACAGUCUUUCCCUUAUAACUUACAUCUCAUUGGGAAAAUCUCGCAAAUCGUACUUAGCUAUUCAGAUCGAUACAAUUCAUUUUUUUUAAACAACACACAAUUGAACAUGAUAUUUAAAAUGUUGGAUAAUAUAUACCUUUUAGUCCAAAUCAAAGACCUUCUCCUAUUUGCUUCAUUCUUUAUGGGGAUAAUGAUCAAACAGAAGGCUUUUAAUGCAUUUCACCUACAAAACACGAAACGUCAAUAACAAGCAGCGUAUUGCGGCUAGUUUUAAAAUACGUAAACUUAAGUGCACGGGUGUCUUAAAAAAUGUGAACGCCCUCGGCUCAGCAAUGCGCUAGAGUCCCCUAACUUGCUCUACCACCCACAGUCGGGACCAAAAAAAAAUCAAAAUAAACAUUUAAUUAAUUAAAAUUAAACAACUUUAAUUCAUACUAAAAAAUAGUAUGGUUCAAAAACCUGUUUUUAAAUAAAAGUGUAUAAUUGGUUCAAAAUAGAUAUGGAGUUUAAUUAUUGUUAUUGACGGAUAUAAUGAAUUAUUCGUUACAAAGCAGCAUAAAUGCUUUUGUUAAUUUUUGCUGAGAAUUUAUUUAUAAAGUCGUUGAAUACAAGACAACGGUUUCUCCAGUAGGUCAUUUUCCAUGCACAUAAGUGAAAGCCAUUUCAAAUGUUGCUGCUCGGUCGUCAUGAGGAAAUGAUUCUUUAUGAGAGUUAAUCUUUCUAAAAUGAAUGUUCCCUGAGCCGUGCUAACAGCAAUUACACACACAAAAAGCAUAGCUACAUUUCAUUUUCAAUGAACGUGAAACAAGUUUGCACAUAAUUUCUACAAGUUUUUGCCAGAUAGAAAAGAAGGGAACAACUACGUCCAUCUGUUUUGUUGAAAAGUCAAGUUUAAAGUAUAUCUUUUAUGCAUACAUGGUAUUUAAACUGGUAUUUUCUUUAAUAAAUGGCAACUAAGAAAAUUGAUCAGAGUAUACUUUGUGUUGGAGUCUAGAUUUGGAACACCGUCGAGGUCACUGCUGACAGAGGAAGACACAAUAACGGCUGGAAACCCAAAGGGUGGAUUUGGUUGUCUCACCCUACGCUUGGAAGAGUUCCUCAAGAAUACAGAUCCGUGUCAAUGUCACGCACGGGAAAAGCUUCAGCUCCAUUUCAUGAGGGCUUGCAGUUUUUAGAUUAAAAUUUAGGACGGGGCUUAAUUAUUAUUAUUUUUUUUAAUUUCAUUUUUUAGACUUGAGUUACAGUCCACUUAGAUCAGGGGUUCUUAAUUAUCUAGGGUUUGCCGCAACCCUUGCAAGUACUGCAACCAGUGGCGAUUUGCAUUUUUAUAAGCAAUAGUUUGCAUUUUAUUGAUUUAUUGAUUUAAUUAUUAAUUUUUUUUUUUUUUUUAAUUUUUUUUUUUUUUUGGUGGGGUAAUGUUUUAAAAUCAAGAAGGGGUCAUACGCAUCAAAAAAACUAAAGUCCAUGAACUAGAAAAAAAAAAAAAUACUGAAAAAUUAAUAAAAAAUUUUUUUUUUUUUUUUUAUUUUUUUUUUUUUUUUGGUGGGGUAAUGUUUUAAAAUCAAGAAGGGGUCAUACGCAUCAAAAAGACUAAAGUCCCUGAUCUAGAAAAAAAAAAACAUUCUGAACAAUUCAUGAAAGAUGAGUCUGAAGACUGGUAGUUCAUGAAGAAGAGUGAAGACACUGCAUAAAACCAAGGAAGAGAAGGGAUAGAAGGAAACAAUGUCGACUAGCCCAAAACAGAUUCGAUAAUUUGGAGCUAGACCACUAAUCAAACACUGGACACAUGUCAAAUAGGCUAAAUAUGCACCAUAAAAUUAAAAGCAAUUUUCGUGACCAUAAUUAGAACACACAAUGAAGCUGUCUCAUAAAUCCUGGUGAAUCCACAGAGACGUAUGUGAUCUUGCCAGUGCUACGUCAGGCCUGUCCAUUUCCUCCCUUACUCUUCCCAAGGAACUUAAAUAAAUCACAAUAAGGACCAUGACAAACGCUUACAAUUGACGUAGCAUUUAGCAGUUCCCGCUACAAGACGUGGACUUUUUUUAGGGCAUAAUGGUUAUGUCCCUAAACAUCACACACUUGAAAUUAUUUUUUUUUUUUUUAAAAACCACAAAAUUUGAUCACAGAAAAGUGCUAGCGAAGAAAAAUCAUAGAAUUUAUAUUAGAGCAACGUAAAUGAUCAAUUUUCAAAUAUAUAUGUAUAUUUUUUUCAAUCCAACAGAUUUAAAUACCAAGGUCCCCGAGGAAAACAUCGCUGUCAGACUUCUCAAGCUUGAAAACACGAAGCUGGAAGAGCAGCUGAAAUGCAAGGUUUGCUACAAGUCCCAAAUUAAAGAUUUGUUCCUGCCCUGUGGUGAGCUGUACGCCUGCAGUGACUGCUCCAAACUGCUCACCCACUGUCCGUCAUGCAACAAGCAGAUACUGGCCACGGUGGCCACAUUUUUCACCUGAAUAUUAUUGUAUUAAUACUUCUGUGCUAUUUUAAGUUUGCUAGCAAGGGCCGGUUGUGGUGGGGUUUUUUAAUAAUUUUUAGUGGUUCCUUUGGUGGGUUUUUUUUUUGGUGGGAAUUUUUUUCUUUAAAUUGUCUAAACUUGAGCAUUUUACUAUAAAUAUCUUUAUAAUUAAUUUCACAAGCUAUUUAAUGAAAAGUGUCACAUUCAUGUUCGAAUUAAUUGAUUUAUAGACUUUCUACAAUAAUUUCAGAAUCAAUGUACAAUUUUUUAAAUUUAAUUCACAUGUCAAUGCAUGUGUCAAAUAGAUAUGUUGCUUACUUCUAAAAAGAUUUUUCACGUUAUGGAAGGGACAGUGUUGAUAUUUAUUAUUUUACAGUCAAAAACUUUGUGUACUGAACUGAAACACUUAUCUCGUACGACGGUAAAUAACAAGUGAUUGAAACUUUGUUUUAUCAACUUACAUGGGGAGUAAAAUGCUCACGUACCUCCUCGAAUCGGUCUCCCCGGGGGCAAAAAUCAUAAAUACUUUUUUUGCUGCAAAAUCGUGAGUCGUUCCGGGAAAAAAAAAAUUAUUGUCAAGGACGUACCAAUGGUUUUGUGUCUAAUGGUUGUCAGAUUUUUGGCCUGAAUGUCAUUGUUUAUUGCCAAUAUUGCAUGCUUUGAGUGGCUUUGCAAGUCUAAGAGCUGUAGGAGCUAAACUAAACAUAUAAGUUGCACGUGCGUAUAGAUUUGACUCUUUAAUUCUUCUUGCGUGGUCAGGCAGUUGAGUGAAUACAGCACAUUUUAUUGUGUUAUUUACUUGCCUGUCGGUGUUUGUGUUAGUGUUGCACUCAGUGAGAGGCUAAUUCGUUGCACUAUUUCGUUGCGUAAGAAGUUUUCUAGCGAUUAAAGCACUCUAAAAUAAGCACGGAGAAAACAACAAUACUCCCUAGGAUUCAAUUGAAAAGUCAACGAGAAUUUCGAGCAAGUCAGGAGCUAUGAUGUCUUCACAAUUUCGUAUUUUGUCAAUGGUCCGAAACUCUAAGACUUAAUCCUUAUUGUAGACUUUUUUAUGUACGAUGUUUAGCAUGAGUUACUUCAUCUUGUCCUUAACACUUAUGAUGAUGUCACGUCCAGUGUGCACAGAACAUUCGCCAUUUGCAAUUCAUUAUAGAUUUAUUUAUAUAUAAAUAAAUAAAUACAUAUAUGUGUAUAUAUAUACAUAUAUAUAUAAUAAAAAUUUAAUGUAUACAUAUGUGAAUAUUCCCGAUUCUGCUGGGGGCUGUCCAUGGCUAGACAGGGGUAGAUAGUACUUGGGUGGGUGAGGUCAAUCUUUUCACCAAGUGUUGUCUUUAAAGGUAUGCGUUUAUGUAAUUGAUAAUUUUUAUGUGAAGCGCAGUGAGCCUGGCCAUAGGAUCGGGGUACUGCGCCAGAUAAAACCACCUAAUAAUAAUUAUUAUUAUAAUAAAAACAAUAAUAAUAAUAAUAAUUUUUUGUUGUAUUAAUAAAGGCACUGGUUGAAAUGUUUUACAUUUGUAUUCUAUGUAACCAUUAUAAAAGCUUAACCUAUAGUGUUUUAUUUACGCAAAAUGUUUGUGUCUCCUUAAGCUACUUGAAAGCCUUGUCGCAAUCCAACACCCUUGUACUUCAUAUUAGUCUUGAUUUGAUGUCUAUAAUAUUAAAUAAAUGCAGGAUUUUGAUUCUUAUAGAGUCAGUAUUCUGUUAGAAGUGUUAUUUACCCCAUAUUAGGUGUUUCUGGUUUCUGGUUUAAAACAAAAUACAUGCGGAUAUGGAAAACAAUUUGGAACACACUUCCUAUCGCUCUCAGAAACAGCCAGACACUGAAGUCUUUCAAAACUGAAGUGAAAACUUAUCUAUUUCGCAAACACCUGCUGGGGUGAUGUCGUCAAUCUAGCUAUUAUCUUGUAGAUGUAUAUUAGCCUGUGUUGUUUAAGACUUAGAAAUGGGUAUUCUCGUAUGUAGGUUUUUUUUUUUUGUUUUAAUGUUGCAUUGUGUACUUGAUUGUGGUAUGCACAGCGCUUCGAGCCUUCGGGGAUAAAGCGUGAUUUUCUAAUAAUCUUUAUUAUUAUUAUUAUUAUUAUUAUUACCUGUUGGUUUUUUUUAAAUAUUAUUUCUGAAUAUCAUAGCUUGCUCUUCAGACAUUUUACUCAAGGAGUGUUUCUUUCUUUCUUUUUUUUUUGUCUUUCUUUUUUCUUGUUUGUGUACAUGGCUAUGAUUAUGAGUUGGGUUUUUACUGGGCUCUGAGAACAAGAUAUUGACGUUCAGGAAUGACUUGAACACAUUUUUGGGAUGUGAUUUUUUUUACUUUUAUUUCUCAUCAUCCAUAUUUGCUCAUUAGUCGAGUUUCACUAAAAAUAUAUAUAUAUAUUUACGUCACAUCAUUAGCUUUAUGCUUGCUUCUUUUUUUUUCCUCCAUUUUUCAUCAGAUUGAUGACAUGCACUUUAUAUUUAGAUUAAGAAUAUAUAGUGUCUGUUUGUCAAGUCGAUUUGAAAUAAAAGAAACUUUUUGAAGAAAGAAUUAAUUGCGUACAAUUUGUUUUUCUUAUUUCCUUUUUUUUUUAAAACAUUUUAAAAUUAUUUUGUUACUUAGCUAAGACACCGGUAGUGCGAAUUGCGUGACGUCUGCUUGCCAAAUAACAUUCAUUGCCCAUUGAGAAUCGAGGCACAUCUUGAAAACGAAUGUUUAAUUUGAUGUUAAAAAUU